AUGUUUCUACUGAACCGGUGCAAGACUGUGGUUCCCAACUGGGCUGAGCACCCUGUGGUCAACGACAAGACUGUGGUUCCCAACUGGGCUGAGCACCCUGUGGUCAACGACAAGACUGUGGUUCCCAACUGGGCUGAGCACCCUGUGGUCAAUGACAAGACUGUGGUUCCCAACUGGGCUGAGCACCCUGUGGUCAACGACAAGACUGUGGUUCCCAAAGGGGCUGAGCACCCUGUGGUCAAUGACAAGACUGUGGUUCCCAACUGGGCUGAGCACCCUGUGGUCAACGACAAGACUGUGGUUCCCAAAGGGGCUGAGCGCCCUGUGGUCAACGACAAGACUGUGGUUCCCAAAGGGGCUGAGCGCCCUGUGGUCAACGACAAGACUGUGGUUCCCAAAGGGGCUGAGCGCCCUGUGGUCAAUGACAAGACUGUGGUUCCCAACUGGGCUGAGCACCCUGUGGUCAAUGACAAGACUGUGGUUCCCAAAGGGGCUGAGCACCCUGUGGUCAACGACAAGACUGUGGUUCCCAAAGGGGCUGAGCACCCUGUGGUCAACGACAAGACUGUGGUUCCCAACUGGGCUGAGCACCCUGUGGUCAAUGACAAGACUGUGGUUCCCAACUGGGCUGAGCACCCUGUGGUCAACGACAAGACUGUGGUUCCCAACUGGGCUGAGCACCCUGUGGUCAAUGACAAGACUGUGGUUCCCAAAGGGGCUGAGCACCCUGUGGUCAACGACAAGACUGUGGUUCCCAAAGGGGCUGAGCACCCUGUGGUCAAUGACAAGACUGUGGUUCCCAACUGGGCUGAGCGCCCUGUGGUGAAUGACAAGACUGUGGUUCCCAACUGGGCUGAGCGCCCUGUGGUCAAUGACAAGACUGUGGUUCCCAAAGGGGCUGAGCACCCUGUGGUCAAUGACAAGACUGUGGUUCCCAAAGGGGCUGAGCACCCUGUGGUCAAUGACAAGACUGUGGUUCCCAAAGGGGCUGAGCGCCCUGUGGUCAAUGACAAGACUGUGGUUCCCAACUGGGCUGAGCGCCCUGUGGUCAAUGACAAGACUGUGGUUCCCAACUGGGCUGAGCACCCUGUGGUCAACGACAAGACUGUGGUUCCCAACUGGGCUGAGCACCCUGUGGUCAACGACAAGACUGUGGUUCCCAAAGGGGCUGAGCACCCUGUGGUCAAUGACAAGACUGUGGUUCCCAACUGGGCUGAGCACCCUGUGGUCAAUGACAAGACUGUGGUUCCCAACUGGGCUGAGCACCCUGUGGUCAAUGACAAGACUGUGGUUCCCAACUGGGCUGAGCACCCUGUGGUCAACGACAAGACUGUGGUUCCCAAAGGGGCUGAGCACCCUGUGGUCAAUGACAAGACUGUGGUUCCCAAAGGGGCUGAGCACCCUGUGGUCAAUGACAAGACUGUGGUUCCCAACUGGGCUGAGCACCCUGUGGUCAAUGACAAGACUGUGGUUCCCAAAGGGGCUGAGCACCCUGUGGUCAAUGACAAGACUGUGGUUCCCAACUGGGCUGAGCACCCUGUGGUCAACGACAAGACUGUGGUUCCCAAAGGGGCUGAGCGCCCUGUGGUCAACGACAAGACUGUGGUUCCCAAAGGGGCUGAGCACCCUGUGGUCAAUGACAAGACUGUGGUUCCCAACUGGGCUGAGCACCCUGUGGUCAAUGACAAGACUGUGGUUCCCAACUGGGCUGAGCACCCUGUGGUCAAUGACAAGACUGUGGUUCCCAACUGGGCUGAGCACCCUGUGGUCAAUGACAAGACUGUGGUUCCCAAAGGGGCUGAGCACCCUGUGGUCAAUGACAAGACUGUGGUUCCCAAAGGGGCUGAGCACCCUGUGGUCAAUGACAAGACUGUGGUUCCCAACUGGGCUGAGCACCCUGUGGUCAAUGACAAGACUGUGGUUCCCAAAGGGGCUGAGCGCCCUGUGGUCAAUGACAAGACUGUGGUUCCCAACGGGGCUGAGCACCCUGUGGUCAACGACAAGACUGUGGUUCCCAACUGGGCUGAGCACCCUGUGGUCAACGACAAGACUGUGGUUCCCAACUGGGCUGAGCACCCUGUGGUCAACGACAAGACUGUGGUUCCCAAAGGGGCUGAGCACCCUGUGGUCAAUGACAAGACUGUGGUUCCCAAAGGGGCUGAGCACCCUGUGGUCAAUGACAAGACUGUGGUUCCCAACUGGGCUGAGCACCCUGUGGUCAACGACAAGACUGUGGUUCCCAACUGGGCUGAGCACCCUGUGGUCAAUGACAAGACUGUGGUUCCCAACUGGGCUGAGCACCCUGUGGUCAACGACAAGACUGUGGUUCCCAACUGGGCUGAGCACCCUGUGGUCAACGACAAGACUGUGGUUCCCAAAGGGGCUGAGCACCCUGUGGUCAACGACAAGACUGUGGUUCCCAACUGGGCUGAGCACCCUGUGGUCAAUGACAAGACUGUGGUUCCCAAAGGGGCUGAGCACCCUGUGGUCAAUGACAAGACUGUGGUUCCCAACUGGGCUGAGCACCCUGUGGUCAACGACAAGACUGUGGUUCCCAAAGGGGCUGAGCACCCUGUGGUCAACGACAAGACUGUGGUUCCCAAAGGGGCUGAGCACCCUGUGGUCAAUGACAAGACUGUGGUUCCCAACUGGGCUGAGCGCCCUGUGGUCAACGACAAGACUGUGGUUCCCAACUGGGCUGAGCACCCUGUGGUCAAUGACAAGACUGUGGUUCCCAACUGGGCUGAGCACCCUGUGGUCAACGACAAGACUGUGGUUCCCAAAGGGGCUGAGCACCCUGUGGUCAACGACAAGACUGUGGUUCCCAACUGGGCUGAGCACCCUGUGGUCAACGACAAGACUGUGGUUCCCAACUGGGCUGAGCACCCUGUGGUCAACGACAAGACUGUGGUUCCCAACUGGGCUGAGCGCCCUGUGGUCAACGACAAGACUGUGGUUCCCAACUGGGCUGAGCACCCUGUGGUCAACGACAAGACUGUGGUUCCCAACUGGGCUGAGCACCCUGUGGUCAACGACAAGACUGUGGUUCCCAACUGGGCUGAGCACCCUGUGGUCAAUGACAAGACUGUGGUUCCCAACUGGGCUGAGCACCCUGUGGUCAAUGACAAGACUGUGGUUCCCAACUGGGCUGAGCACCCUGUGGUCAAUGACAAGACUGUGCGGACCUGUGUGUGUGUGCUUACUGGACAUAACCACUAUGUGAUGUGCGCUCAGUUCCACCCGUCCGAGGACCUGGUCGUCUCGGCGAGCCUGGAUCAGACAGUCCGCGUCUGGGACAUUUCUGGUCUGAGGAAGAAGAAUCUCUCCCCAGGGGCAGUGGAGAGUGAUGUGCGUGGGAUCUCGGGGGUCGACUUGUUCGGGACCACUGAUGCUGUGGUCAAGCAUGUCCUUGAGGGUCAUGACCGAGGGGUGAACUGGGCCACCUUUCACCCCACCAUGCCGCUGAUUGUCUCGGGUGCGGAUGACCGGCAGGUGAAGAUUUGGCGAAUGAAUGAUUCCAAGGCGUGGGAGGUGGACACGUGUCGUGGCCACUACAACAAUGUUUCCUGUGCUGCCUUCCAUCCCCGCCAAGAGCUGAUCUUGAGCAACUCCGAGGACAAGAGUAUCCGCGUCUGGGACAUGUCCAAGAGAACUGGAGUGCAGACUUUCCGCCGAGACCACGAUCGUUUCUGGGUGUUGGGCGCACACCCGAACCUCAACUUGUUUGCUGCGGGCCAUGAUAGUGGCAUGAUUGUGUUCAAACUGGAGCGAGAGAGGCCAGCUUACGCAGUCCAUGGCAACGCCCUCUUUUACGUCAAGGAUCGUUUUCUGCGGCAACUUGAUUUCCACAGCUCCAAGGACGUGGCAGUAAUGCAGCUACGCAGUGGCUCCAAAUUCCCGGUCUUCAGUAUGUCCUACAAUCCAGCUGAGAAUGCAGUCCUGUUGUGCACGCGAGCCAGCAACUUGGAGAACAGUACAUACGAUCUUUACAGCAUUCCCAAGGACUCUGAUUCCCAGAAUCCUGACGCUCCCGAAGGGAAGCGCUCCUCAGGUCUCACUGCCGUCUGGGUGGCUCGGAAUCGCUUUGCUGUCUUGGACCGCAUGCACUCGAUCCUGAUUAAAAAUCUGAAGAACGAGAUCACCAAGAAGGUGCAAGUGCCGAACUGUGAUGAGAUCUUCUAUGCUGGCACUGGGAACUUGCUGCUGAGGGACACCGACUCCAUCACUCUGUUCGACGUCCAGCAGAAGAGGUCCCUCAGCUCAGUCAAGAUCUGCAAAGUGAAGUACGUGGUGUGGUCUGGGGAUAUGACCCAUGUAGCCCUGCUCUCCAAGCACGCCAUCAUGAUUUGCAACCGCAAGCUGGAGUCACUCUGCAGCAUCCACGAGAAUAUCAGAGUGAAGAGUGGCGCCUGGGAUGAGAGCGGAGUCUUUAUCUACACCACAAGCAACCACAUCAAAUACGCACUCAUCUCUGGGGACCACGGGAUCAUCCGGACUCUGGACCUCCCGAUCUACGUCACCAGGGUGAAGGGCAACAGCGUCUACUGCCUGGACAGGGACUGCCGUCCCCGGGUGCUCACAAUCGACCCCACCGAGUUCAAGUUCAAGCUGGCCCUAGUCAACCGCAAGUAUGACGAGGUGCUGCACAUGGUUCGCAAUGCCAAGCUGGUGGGCCAGUCCAUCAUUGCCUACCUGCAGAAGAAGGGUUACCCGGAGGUGGCACUGCAUUUUGUCAAGGACGAGAAGACCAGAUUCAGCCUGGCUCUGGAGUGCGGCAACAUUGAGAUAGCGCUGGACGCGGCAAAGGCACUGGAUGAGAAGGGGUGCUGGGAGAAGCUGGGUGAGCUGGCACUGCUGCAGGGUAACCACCAGAUUGUGGAGAUGUGCUACCAACGCACCAAGAACUUCGAUAAGCUCUCCUUCCUCUAUCUCAUCACUGGCAACCUGGAGAAACUGCGCAAGAUGAUGAAGAUCGCUGAGAUCCGGAAGGACAUGAGUGGCCAUUACCAGAAUGCGUUGUAUUUGGGCGACGUGGGAGAGCGCGUUCGCAUCCUCAAGAACUGCGGGCAGAAGUCGCUGGCCUACCUGACUGCGGCUACACACGGACUGGAUGAGGAGGCGGAGGCCUUGCGAGUGACCUUUGACCUGGAGAAAGAAAUAGUGCCAGAGAUCGACCCCCAGGCCCAGCUCCUUCAGCCACCGCCCCCUGUCAUGCCUCUGGACACCAACUGGCCGCUGCUUACUGUCUCCAAAGGCUACUUUGAGGGGAGUAUGGCUGGACGAGGCAAGGGAGGCCAGCUUGCCGUGGACCAGCUGGCCAUGGAGAGUUGUUCAACAGGCGGAUGGGAAGAAGACACUGAGCUGCUACUCGUUGAGGAUGGCUUUGUGGAUGCCGCUGAUGCAUUUGGAGAGGAUACAGCCAGGGCCACAGAGGAAGGAGGUGGUUGGGAUGUGGAGGAGGAUCUGGACUUGCCUGCUGAACUGGAACUCGGUGGAAGUGCAGGAGGAGGACCUGCAGAUGGAUUCUUCGUCUCGCCCUCCCGAGGGAGCAGCCCUGCGCAGGUUUGGUGUAAUAACUCCCAACUGGCCGCCGAUCACCUCGUUGCAGGAUCUUUCGAGACUGCAGCUCGGUUGCUUCAUGACCAGAUUGGCGUCACAAACUUCGGCCCCCUCAAGAACCUCUUUCUGCAGUCGUUUGCCCGUGGCCGCUCUGUAUUUCUGGCUCUGCCUUGCCUGCCUGCCAUGUAUGGAUACCCCCAGCGUAACUGGAAGGAGGCUGGCCUGAAGGGUGGGUUACCGGCCGUGGGGCUGAAGCUGGCGGACCUAAUUCAGCGCCUGCAGCUGUGUUACCAGCUGACCACCGCCGGCAAGUUCGAGGAGGCUGUCGACCGCUUCCGGGCCAUUCUGCUCAGUGUGCCCCUGCUGGUGGUGGAGAGCAAGCAGGAGAUUGCUGAGGCCCAGCAGCUGAUCGCCAUUUGCCGAGAGUACAUUGUGGGGCUCAGCAUGGAGACCGAGCGCAAGCGAUUGCCCAAGGACACGCUGGAGCAACAGAAACGGAUCUGUGAGAUGGCUGCCUACUUCACGCAUUGCAACCUCCAGCCUGUGCACAUGAUCCUGGUGCUUCGCACAGCUGUUAACCUCUUCUUCAAGCUGAAGAACUUCAAGACUGCAGCUGCGUUUGCCGGCAGGCUGCUGGAGCUUGGACCCAAACCUGAAGUGGGCCAACAGACACGCAAGAUCCUGGCUGCUUGUGAGAAGACACCGGCCGAUGCCCAUCAGCUCAACUACGACAUGCACAAUCCCUUUGACAUUUGUGCUGCAACGUACAAGCCCAUCUACAGGGGGAAGCCUGUGGAAAAGUGCCCACUGAGUGGAGCCUGCUACAGUCCCGAGUUCAAGGGUCAGAUCUGCAAAGUGACCACGGUGACUCAGAUUGGCAAGGAUGUGAUCGGUCUGCGUAUCAGCUCACUGCAAUUCCGCUGAGCUCCCCAAAUUUGGAUGGUUGCUCCUGCGUGCUGGUGUGUGCAGUGAGUGGCUGCCCCUGACAUGUUGGGAAUUCUCAUGUCGCUCUCUGCCUCUGUAAAAUUGGUGUUUUAGAAAUUGACGUCUGCAUUCCCUGUGGACUCUGAUCCAGCUCGGGCUUUCCUUGUAUCCCUUUGCAGUGUACUGACUGGAUCCUGCUUCUAUUUCCUGGCAACCCAAUUUCCAAUCGCUGCCUUGGAAUACUGCUCCCAGAUUUCCAAACAAUCUCCGCCUUCCCCCCCCCCCUAAUCCAGUUGCUACUUUUCCAGAUAUCUCUAUACAAGUCCUGGAUUUGAUAUUUAGCCCAUUUUGUUGGUUCCAGGUUUUCUAAAUUGUGAGCUGCACGUUCUCUGAAUGCUCUUUCACAUUGUAAUCCUGUUCCAAGUUUUCUUACUCCUCAACUCUACCUUCUGGUUCUGGCUUUCCAGUUAACUCGCUCUCUUGCUGGCUCAGCUCCAGCUGCAUGUUCCACCAUCUGGACCCUCACUCAAUAUAUUCUCCAAGGUUUACUGUCUGUUCCAUGAUUUCUUUUCCAGAUCCCAGUGCCUGGUGUCUCUUCUGUCCCACCUGCAAUCUGGUUUGUUGGGUUUUGAGCUAUGGGCCAGAUUUCCCAGUGGAUACUCCCAUCCCCUCCACUCCACUUACAGGGUUUAUUUUCCCAGCUUGUAAUGUAUCAUGUACCCGCUUU